CGUUGUUUAAACGAUGGCGGCGGUGGGUCGGUCUGUGGUGCGGAGCGGGCUCCUUCAGUGGAUUUUGUUGCUGACAACCGUUCGGGGUCGGAUCCAUCACCUGAUCCUGAAGGAUGAUGUGAGACAAAAGGUCCAUUUAAACACAUUUGGUUUCUUCAAGAAUGGAAAUAUGUCUGUGGAAAUGACCAGCUUGACUCCAAAGGAGUUUGAUUUCAAACUUGUUGAUAAUGCUGCACUGGGGCUAAGUUUGGACCGAACCAAGAAUGAUGGUUUCUCAUCCUAUCUGGAAGAUGAUAUUGAUUUUUGCUUUUUGAAGAAAAAACCACCCACUGAUACACCUGUCACACUUUUCCUUUUUGACUUCCAAACUCAACAUAUUACAGUUCUGACAUCAGGCAGCAAUCAGCCACCAGUCAGUGAUGUUGGGACCUCAGGAAGACCGCUAUCAAAGGGCAAAUUCAGCAAAACAAAUGGGAAUACCCAGGGAAAGGUGAACGUGAGUGAAACAGCAGGCCAGCCUGUGGAAUUGCAAAAAGAAAAACCAAAAUCUCUGGAUAAUGCUGUUGAACUAAAGGCUGCAACGGAAACCAUUUCACUGCGGAAAAAUAAUGCAUCCUAUUCAUUCAUGUUCUCAUUUACCAUCAAUACUGAUGAAGAACAAGGACUUUAUAGUCUUUACUUCCACAACUGCUACAGUGACAAAACAGCAUCUCUUCAGUCUUUUAAAUUUGACAUGGAUAUUACGAUAGUAGAAUACAACCCUGGCAGCUACUUGUCUGCAGGGGAGAUCCCACUCCCCAAACUCUACAUCUCCAUGGCUUUCUUCUUCUUCUUGGCUGGAGUUCUAUGGGUUUAUAUUCUCCGAAAACGCAGCAAUGACGUGUUUAAGAUCCAUUGGCUGAUGGGAGCACUUGCAUUUACAAAGUCCCUUUCAUUGGUUUUCCAUGCAAUUGACUAUCACUUUAUUUCCACUCAGGGAUACCCCAUUGAAGGUUGGGCUGUGGUGUACUACAUAACACAUUUGUUGAAAGGUGCCCUGUUGUUCAUUACGAUUGCACUGAUAGGAACUGGCUGGGCCUUUGUUAAACACAUCCUCUCAGACAAAGACAAGAAAAUCUUUAUGAUAGUUAUUCCACUCCAGGUGCUUGCUAAUGUUGCUUACAUUAUAAUCGAAUCUACAGAAGAAGGGACAACUGAAUAUGGACUGUGGAAGGAGAUCCUCUUCCUUGUUGACCUCCUGUGUUGUGGUGCUAUCUUAUUCCCUGUGGUGUGGUCAAUUAGACAUUUGCAAGAGGUGUCAGCAACAGACGGAAAAGCUGCAGUUAACUUGGCAAAACUGAAGCUCUUCAGACAUUACUAUGUUAUGAUUGUGUGUUAUAUUUAUUUUACGCGAAUCAUUGCAAUCCUGAUCAAAAUCAUCGUACCUUUCCAGUGGAAAUGGCUAUAUCAGUUCCUAGAUGAACUCGCCACACUUGUAUUUUUCUGUUUGACGGGAUACAAGUUUCGACCAGCUUCAGAUAAUCCCUACCUCCAACUGUCUCAGAAUGAGGAGGAUGUCGAGAUGGAUGAAGUAGUGACUAUGAUUGGAAUGAUGGAAGGAGUGAAAAAAGUUAACCAGUCAUCGAAUGGCUCCACAGAACAGAGGAGAACUGGACCGAGUGGCAUGAUAGGCCUCGGAGUGUAAUCUUAUCAUCCUCCCCACUUCGUUCUGUAUGGAAUAUGCACCAAAAGCACUUGAUUCAGGGUUUAAGGAUGAGCUUCUGCACAAAAUGAUAUACAGUAUAUUGUUAAGAAAGAAAUCAUAUUCCUGCAAAAUAUUUGCUUUUAUUCAAUCGGCUGGUGCACAAUUUGCUGCUGGUGCCAAUUAUCCUUGCCCUGUAAGCCAGUUUAGCACUCUCAGACCUAAAGGCAGUUUCCAGGUUAUGAGACUUUCAUGCUUGCUUAAUUAAUUUUGGAUGUGAGUUUCCUCGGAUUCACAGAGUUGGUAGUAAAUCUGUUGAUUUUUACAAGCUUUCACCAUUGUCCUACAGGCAAUUUAAGACUGAAGGCUCAUCUCUUUUAUAACUCUGUGGUUAUCAAUACAAGCUUCAGGCUGCAGAACUUCAGUUGAACUUUAUGCUAAAUAUAAUUCUGCUGAGCCAAUUACACUGCACAGAAUGAGUUAAAUUAACAGCGCGUCAUUGCCUGCAAGAGAAGGAAGGAUGAGUCAUGUGAUAAAUCUCGAGUUCAGCACGAGUUUACCUUUCCUCUCAGGUAAAAGAAGGGAUUGUGCAGCCCCCAGCCUGUUAAAUGAAAAUUUUAUUUUUAAUUUUGAGCUCCACCAAGUAGUCCAUUGUAAUUUUUUUUUUAAAAAUUAACUGAUUCACAAUCAAGGAUACUAAUCAAGAAGUUCCCAGAUUGAAGAUGUAAUUGAUUAUUUCCCCAGCUGAUUCAUGGUCUAUAUUUUCUGUCUGGUGUGAUAGUGACUCAAAUGCACCAUGGAUGGUCUGUACAUUUUUAGCUCAUCUCACCCAGAGCUAUAGUUGCCCAUGUGAAAGUUGGCCCAGCAGCACACAUGAUCUGGGAAGAAAGUGGGAGAUGAUAUAGCUAGGAUUUCUAACCCUUACUAAUCCAAUGUUUCCAAAUGGAAAGAGUGUGUAUGUGGAUUUCACUGGUAAAAAUGGUCACAUGCAAGGUAUCAUAGACAACCACCAUUAUGAAACUCCAAUGCCAGUACAAAGAUUCCUUUGAGAAGAGAAAAUAUUUGUUAGAACAAUACUAUAGUUGGAACUAAUAUUCCCACCUUUGUAAAAUAGUCAGAUGAGUGAAUAUUCAAUAGAUGAUUCAUUCUCCAGAAACUUAAGGAAAGAUAGUCUAAAUUAAUGUUUAUUCUAAAAGAAAAUCUUUUGUUAGUUUCUUCUGCAAAUUGAAUUUCCUGCAGUUUGUGACUCAGAUUCCCCACUCCUUAAAGUACUUGGCUGAUUUGUUGGUGUAACUGUGCAGUCCUUGGAUUAACAAGCAGUGUGUAGGAGUAACAUCGUGAGGCAUGGAUGUCACAAAUAUGCUGUAGAAAGUGGAGUGGGCUCAUUACAUCCCAUCAUUUGAGAACCGCUGAGGUACAAGGAGUACCAUCUCUAAAAGCUUUAUCACUCACAUGGUGCAAGCCUUGUGUUUACAGGCUACAAAUUUAAGGUUAGGAUUGAUGCUUUGGUACUAACCAAUUCAUGUUGUGUUUUUAAUAUUUCCAUUUGCAUAAUUUUAUCCUCUUCUGCAAAGACUUUAAAGCUAGUUGCACCACUUUCUCCCAUCCUUCUUGCCAGUGCACAGCAGCAAUAGUUCCUUUAUGAUUUAAUCAAUCUCUUUUGGCUUUAAAGUUUGUACCAACUUCUCCUUUACCUCACAAUGUCUGGAUGGUGCAGCAGAUGUCAGAAACUUGCUUCCUUUGAUUGGAGAAAGCAGGAUUGACACCAACUGUUACCACUCUAUGUUGUAGCACAUCAAUACAUGGAUAUGUUUAGCCUCUAAACUUCUCUUUCCUAAGUGAAUGCAUUGUCACAGAAUUCAUUCAGAUUAUAUUUGGCAAAGCUGCUCUUGUUCCCUACAAAGGGCACAUUACUUGUUUAUGCUUUUUUCUCUUCACCCCUCCUUCCAACUCAAACAGAUUUUGCUCUUAAUCAUUCCUGCUUAAUUAUCCAUCUGUGUUUUGCAUACAACUUAUCCCCCUCCAUCUUUGCCAUCCCUAAAAGUCUAUUGCAUUCUCACUUUCUCUGCUUUCUGUAGGCUGCCCUUUUGCAAGGUUUGACCAGUGCUGUGAUAAGGUUCCUGGUCACCUACCAUUAAUCAGCCAUCUUCAAGUGCAUGUAGACAGCAAGUUUUAAAUCUAUGAUGGGUUUGAAGGGAUAAUGCCCGGGUGUCACUAGAUCAGACAUGGUCUUGAGUACACGAUCAAAAGCAAAUGCACAAGCUGCAGCAAAGGUUUAAAAUGAGAAAAAAAUGGAUUCAGUUUCAUUGUUAUUAUCAUCUUGGAUCAGGAGAAAGCAUGAUAAUGGAAGGCAGCCUGUUGGGUGAAGGAAGAGGCAGAACUUCUUGAUUUGACAUUUGUGCUCUGAUUCUUUGGCUAUGAUUUUAUAUGUGUAUGUUGCCUAUUUUGACUUGUUGGCUCUUAAAGUACAACAUUGCAAGUAUUAUCAGGUCACUGCAUACAUUUAGUGCUAUCUUCUGAAAGAAGUGGAUCUGAUGAAGAUGAGAAUGAAACUAAACUGAAUAAGACAAAUAUAAAGCAGGUUGAAAUAUAUCCCACAAAAACACCUGCACCUCACUCCAUGCUGGUCUUGAUUUAGUUAAAAGGUCAAAAAUGAUAGAUUUGUCAGAAAAGUUAGAGAUUGUUGUAUGCGGGAGAGAAAUAACUUCUGGAACAGUGAGGGGUGAGAUCCUUGUAGGUGGUGUGGGAAAACAUACUCUCUGGUGAAUAGCUGAACUAAGGCGGAGAAUGGAGUAUUUCUCCACAAUAAUGAAAAUUGUUGUAAAAAUUGAAUAAAUUUAUCUGAUGUGGUAAAGUGUAAGAGCCACACUUAUUCUCAGUUAUUGCAGUGUGGAAAAAAAAUCAGCAGAAAUUUCUGCUGGAGCGUGUGUAUGUGCGUGUCUGCUUGUUUGUGAGUGUUUACCCAAGAUUGAUUCUGAUUUAGUACAGAAACAAAUGCAAAUGAACAAAGAAAAACAAUAACUAAGUGCUAGAAAUAUUCAGCAAGUCAGUCAGCAUCUAUGAAGAGAGAGAAAGAGUUGAUCUUAACUGUUUCUCCAUAGAUGCUGCCUGAGCACCUAAGUAUUUCCAGCACUUUCUGCUUUUGUUACUCAUUUCACAACACCUGUCUUUGCAGAAUAGACAUGCCUGUCAUCGAUGUAGCAUCAUUGAUGCUAUAGUUCCUGUCGACAUGCACUUGAAGAUUAUCCAUCAGUAACUUGCCUAGGUGGUUGACCCUGGAGCUGUGAUACAGUUCUACAAGUUAAUUCAAACCCAGCAGGAAAGAUAAGCAAACUGAGAAAGUGAGACAGGGCUAGAAAGCUGACAAGCUGCUUACAUUAAAGCAUAAAAUUAUAUACCCUUUUUGGGAAGCACAUUGAGAUAUUGAAUGACUGUUGCGUUGCUGCUUGCAGUCAUGUUAAUUUGUAAAUAUAUUUGUAAAGCAUUAAUGAUUAGAUACUCUGAUUGUAUGCUUCAGGGUUGGGUAGCAUUGAGUAGUGGAUAACCUAUUUGUAAAUGGUGUAAAUUUUACUGUUAAUAUUUAAUUUCAGUAUUGUGUUUUUUUCCCUUAUUCCCAGUUCUAAAUGUGUUACAGUAAUCCAUUGUCUUUGAUGAAAGUUUCUUUAAUUUUGACACCUGAGCUUAAUUACUUCCACACUUUUAUCUGCAUUAUUUACUGGAUUUCAAGGCAAAUCACUAUGAAUGAACUAAUUUGAAAAGUCCAUCUAGAGGAUUCUAUUGACUUCUUUUUUUAAAAAAUAAAUAGUAUUUUUUUUACUUCAUCUUACAGCUAAUUCCUGUAUACAGCAGCAUUAUAGUCAGCAUCUUCAGCUAUAAAGGGUGUGGAGGGGUGGGGAGAGAGCUUUUUCGAAUGUGUACUUCAUGGGGAAUAUCCACAUUUUUUUAAAAAAUCAUCACUUGCUACAGUUCAAUAGUAUCUAAGCCCCAUUGGUAAUUACAGAGCCUAACAAGCAAGUAGGAAGAUUUUGUUUUUGAAGAUGGUAAGAACACAGUUGAGGGCUUUGGCUAAUUCUAUUAAUCAACUGCUUCACGCUUUGUCUUGGUCUCUGAUUUUGGCCCAAAGAGAUAAGUGGGCAAGUAGGUUGAUAAAGGAGUGAAUUACAAGAUUUUGAAUGAUGUGUUCUGUGUCAGAAAUUGCUGUGGAACUUUAAGCCCCAAGGUUAAUGUGUUACUGCUGCUAUAUGAUCUUUUGUCUUUCAUGUAUUUAAUAACUUUUCAAUUAAAGUUAACAGAGAAGGUUUUUUUUGAGGGAUAAUAUUAGCAUUGAAGUGCAUGAUUGAGUUGCAUUUUUCGCAUGAUUGCAUGUCAUGAGUUUGAACCUUAAAAACAAAAGCAAGACUUAGUGACAUUGUAAGAACUCAUUUCCUAUAUUAAGUGUUUCCCUGUUGUUUUGUUAUAAGUGAUUGAAGCCACAGUUGGAGUUUUCCAUACCACAGCAGUGUUUCAAAAACAUUUUACAAGACAAAUUGGCAUUCUUCUAUAUGCAAUUUUGUAGCAUCUUGAACAUUAGGAACCUACCUCCUGGUGGUCUUCAUGACAGUUCAUUGACUGUAACCCAAAAACAACAUACUACUAUUGCUGGAAAUAUGAAAUAAAAUCAGAAAAUGUUGGAUAUACUUAGCAGAGAGAGAAACGGGCGUAAUGUUUCAGGAUGAUGACCUUCCAUAAGAACACUGAUUAAAGAUAAUUGACCUGAAACAAUGACCCAUUUUCUCUCUCCACACAUGCUACCUGACCUGUUGAGUAGUUCCAAUGUUUCAUCAUAAAUGCAACCAUGAGUAAUUGUAUAGGAAUGGCAUUUUCACAGCCUCAGUUGAAGUUAUAUCUCUCAUUGCAUCUAGCAGAACUAUGAGAUUCCAGAGAAAUAGAUUUUCAGUACCUUGGUUGUGUUCAGGAAUGAUGCAGCAAACAGGAUUUAUGAUUUUUUUUUAAGUUUCUUGAUGACUUAAUUCAUUCUAAACUGUGACAUUGCAAUGUAUCAUAAUGCACCUUUAAUGUAUCAUUGUUGUCUGUUGCAAAGAACAAUUGGAAGAAGCCACAAUUGGAAUGUCCAAAAAAUAAAUGCUCAUAAUUUGUGGGGAGAGCUCUGCUAGUCGAUCCUUCAAUGGAAUAAAAAAAAUUGUUUUCUGGGAUUACAGAUAAUAGUGAGAUUGAUUUAGCCAUGUGUCCAACAUUGUGUUUGACAUGUGGUUUUCUAGCUCAGUGCAGCAGAACUGAUUAUACUUAUAUAAGAGAUGUCGUUACAGUAUUCUGACAAAAUAUCUCCAGCAGAUGUAUUAAUCACCACAAUGUAUUGUAAAGUAUGCAAAAAGCAUUAUUAGCUGUAUUUUACUGUGAUACCUCUUAUGGUUCACACAUGAAGCAUAUGAAAUAUGUUCAGCUGGGUUCAUACAUGAAGCAUAUGAAAUAUGUUCAGCUGAGUGAACUAUCAGAAGAUUGUCUGAAUUGUAUUCCAACAAGACAAGAAGGUUUCAAGUGAAUGAAAAAGAAAAUUUUGUGGAAAACAUUGUUGCUUUCCUGCCCAUCUGUUCCAUUCCUGAGCUUCAGAAAAUCUUAGUGCAAAGAAAUGGCUGGAUGUCUGUUUGAAAAUCCGUGAUUGUUGGUAUUGUCACUUUAAUUUGAGCAUGGCAGGAGCUGGAGCAAGGUAAACAAGCAUGGGAGGAAUAAUUAACUUGGUAGCUUCAAAGCAAAAUGGAACAAAUGUUGAGAAUUAGAUCAGUUGAUAUCGCACUGGUUACAUUACAAAAUUAAAUCAUACCAUUAUGGUGCUCAGACGAAAGCAACAGGACAUUGGGUUUCUGUAUUAAAACACUAAUGCAUUUAAAAGAAAAUGUUCAGUAAAAUGGAAAAUAGUACUACUUUUAGCUUUUCUUUACCAUAUAAUCAAUCCUUUGACAUUAACUUAGAGGUACUUUCUUCUGUGGAUACCCAUUUAGAAGAAUCCUAGUGACUUAUUACACUCUUCAUUCCCAUAACAUUUUGAUAAGGAAUUGUUAUAGAAUAUAUGGGGCCAUUUGGGAAAUAGAUUGGUCUGUUCCAGUAAAGAUCUCUUGUGUUUUAAUAGUCUAGAGUAAUUGCAUACUCUAAUACCUAUAGGGAUCCUUGUGAACAUCAUUCACCCCAUUACCCUUAAAUAUUCAGUAAUCUGUUAUGCAGGGCCACAGUCCUAAGCAGUGACUAAAUUCCAGUUGCAAUGUCAGCUCAGAACUGAUUGGUUGCUAAUCAAGGCACAUAAACUUAGAAAAGCAGGUCUGUCGGGUACCACAGGGAGGGAAUAUGAGCUAUUAGUAGUCUCUAAACUCAGGGGCACUAAGUGUUAUCAAAGAAGGGUGGUGAUCAUCAUCUUUAAAACUGUUCAGUGUUGUGUGGUAACAGCACAUGGUGCACUUAGUAUUUUUACAGAAUUAUAAGAAAUGCAAAAGUAAGUAUGUUCCCUAAUUUCUUCCUGUUUGAGCCCACAAUGUGUCCCAUGUGUCAGAUCAGAAGGAAUAGGGUCACUGGAUUGUUUUCAUUACCAGUUCCAAUAUGCACUUCAAAUGUGAAGCAGCCACAGUAAAAUAUCCAUUAAAGUGGUAAAAAUGCUGCAUCCAUUGAUUUCUUGUUGGUUAAAAUUAGCAAUUUGUAAAUUGUCAUGAAAUUUCCUGCUUCCAUAUUUGCAGAUCAGUGAGAAUGACAUUUGCACUUAAUUUCACCUAACCGAUAUAUGGCAUUUUUACAUGUCCUGAAAAGAACCUUUUCACUCCCCUGAGCCCUAUCAAUUGUCUCACUCAGCAAUCUCCUUUCACCAUUGUUGGUUGGAAAAGACCUAGCAGAAUUUUCUUUGUGUUUAGUUUUUAUCACUUGUGUGUAACGUUAUUUUUGGUUUCUACCUCAAUGAUGGAUGAAUUGUCGGUUGUUUAUUUCAUUCUGGUUACAAAUGGGGUCCUCCUCUAACAUGAAAAUCUGCUGUGCCCAUAACAUUAAUUUGUUGUGUGUUAUUCGUGAUGAUUUCCUGUAGACUUCAGUGUGUUCUUCAGUCUACAAAAUUUGAAACCUGGCAUAAAACCUGGGCUGCCCAUAAAACAUGUGCUAUUUUAAAAGGGAAAAGUAAGUUUUCAAAUGUAAAACAUGGUUCAUAAGAUACUUUUGAAGAUUGCCUCCCUCCAAAUCAUUUUGAGUAGAAAAGUGGAAAACGUCUUCAUAGCAUUUUAAUAAGUUUCCUGUGCUGCCAUGAAAUAUAAAAAAUACUUUUCAAAUUAAAGCAAAUUGUAUUGAUUGCAAUCCCCAAUUAUAUUUUAGAAGUGCUGAUUCUGUUAUUGAUAACAUCAUUCAACAAUAUCGAAUCACUUUUCUCUCCCACUUGGAGAGUUGUGUCAAUAUAAAGGGCAGUCUGUUUUUUUUAGAAAAAUGGCAAAUCUGUCAUAUGUCCAAAUGAUGGUUAUAGUUCCCCACAAAUGGAUUUUGCUUGCCAGACUAUCUGACAAAUAUGACUCCAAAACAUUUCUCCAGAUGGAGAGUAGGAAGCUCGUACAGUGACCAAGGUCUGCAGCGGUUUGCCUUUAGUUGAGGAGGGCAUUUCAUAAUGUACCUUUCAUUUGAAAGGAAGGGUGGGAGGAAACGUACGUGAAGAGUACAGGAUGCUUCAUUUUUCAGGAACCAGUGGGUUUUAACCUGUUGAAUUUUUUUUUUGCUUUUCAAUACUGGAAAAUUUAAGCUAAAUGAAGGGAGGCUACCUUUACAACAAGUAUAUAAUAACAAUGAUAGAACUCCAGAGCCUGACUUAUCUCCACAACCAUGGGAUCUCAGUAAAGUUUACCAUUAAUGUAAAUCUAUUUACUUUUCUGUAAUACAAUUUCUCAUGUAAAUACUUACUGACAUUGAGCUAAUGCUAGAAUACGUCUGUAUUCACAAGCCUACUUUUUUUAAAAUGAGUGUGGGUUACGGAGAUGCUUAUUAAUUUACGGACAGUGAGAACUGUAACCAACAAAGUGUUGGCAUUUUUAAAUGUGUUUAAACUUGAUGCCAGUAUCCCUCUUCCUCCCCUUGGAACAUACCACUAGGAAUUGAAAGGGCAGAUUGGUAACAGAAGUGAACCUACAUUCUAUUGAUUCUAUUCUGAACUCAGCAAAUGAGUGGCCAAGAAUGACUCUGGCUUUGCUGUUCCUGCCUUUGAAACUACAUGACUGCUGUUCCAAGAUUUCCAAUGUGAUUGAUAUUCAGACUGCACUAACUGAAAGCAAAGUAAAUGCAUAUUGAUUAAAGCUUUGAAUGUUUGAAGUAAAAUGGUUUAGACCCUUAGUACAUCAGCAGAAUUUGCAAUGCCCAGAAAGAUUCAACAUCACACUGGAGGUAAGUAUGCAGUCAAUGUCUUGCAACCACAGCACAGUCCGUUGCUUCAUUGAAUUGAACCAUCAGUGAACAAAAGUGCAGCUGUGUCCUUUUGUCAGAUCACACUGAGACUGAGUUUUCAGACUGAGACUUACAUGAUUUAGUUUUGAGCAUUUUUAACUUGCUAAACUCUCCAUGUAGAGGGUUUUCAAAUAUGGUUUCAAAAAAUUGGGUUGAUGAGCCAAAUCAUCUGCUUGGUUACUACAAUAUCAAUGCUCAAAUCAUUUUCUUUUUAUUUCCUAAAUCAAUAUUCCAUGAUCUCAGCUUAGAUCUACUAUGGGGACUGUAGCCAAGUGAUCUCCCCAACAAGGUUGCAAAAGAAAUAAAUUGCCCACUUUCCCAGACCGUACUUCACAAAUCCUUAUGGUUUGUAGAACAAGCAAGUCAGAAAUCUUGGGACACGUAACUUCGUGGGUUAUUCACAGCAGAAUUACGUAGAGGGAGGGAAAACAAAUACUUAUGUUCCAAGGCUAUCAGCAUUAAUUAUCUGAACAGACUGCUUACUUGAGUUGAGUGUGCAAGUUUAUGAAAUACCACUUAUGGGCAGUACUGUUUUUUCCUCUGAAGCAUGUGGAAAAUAUAACGCAUUUGUUACAGUUCUGAGCUGCCUAUAAUGUCAUUUUGAAAAAACAAUGUGAGAAGUAGACCUUUGAAUCCAUGUACAGACAGUGAAUUUAUGUAUAUAACAUUUUACGAUUUUCUUUGAGGAUAAUUAGUUUUGAGAUCAACUGGCUUGAUGACGAAGUAAACGAUUCAAAUACUCAUGUAUGUUUUUAAUUUAUAAACUUGAUUUAGCAGAAUAUAGGAACGUCUAUGAAAUGUCCAAGGAGUGAAAUGUAUUUCUAGAUUGAACUAAUAAAUGUGAGUGAUUUGGAAAAUUUUGAAAAUAAAUGUGUUGUGAUUUUCUAAGCAAA